GGUAGAUGGGGUUGGUAGGUGGUUCGGAAAAUAUGUCGCAAAGUGGGCAGGUGGGUUUGUAAGUUGCCUUUUACUUAAACAAGUUGAAAGCAUGGAACAUAACGCUAAGCUAAAAUACACACCGCUGCAGUCAACCCUAAUGUUUAAUCAAAUAGACGGAUACAGUAGGCAUGCAUCGAAUCACCCACCCCCCAAGUAAUUAGCAUGAUUCGGGGUCACGAUUGAAGUGGUGAACUACAUUUUUAAUGUCUCGUCUUGACAACCUCAUAUAAUUUUUCUUUUAUCUUGUUUGUACAGUUGUGUUACCUCCGUGUGCCGAAAUAUAAGAUUAUUAUAUACAUUCUGCAUGGUUUGCAUAAUAGAUAUACUUUCAUCUUACAUGCACAAUGUUAAGCGUGUGCAUCAUGAGCAUAAGAAUAGAUUUGAAUCGAUAAAUUGAUACCUCACAUCACACACGUAGCAUACAAUAAAAAACACUAAAUGUGCAACCUCGCGAUUAAUUGUUCAUUCCACGGCAAGCAGAAGGGUCUUACCACUCGAGGGAGCUCUCGGAGAGAUCCACUAACGGGGUACAACUCUUCCACACUGACAAGACAUCUUACAAGAGGUGGGAUUACCCACAAUUUACCCCACCACACACAACCUACCAGUCGACUAGCUGUGUCGCACCCGGCUUAUGCUGUGCCACUAGGGAGAUUGAAUCGAGCCACUGACCCUCUGGGUUUUCAAGUCCUGUGCGCAAAACCAUUCCACUGCGGCAGUAUCGCCACGUAGUAUAGAGUACACAUCACAUUCCCCACGCACGUGUCUUCGUCUUGCUGCUACAAACAAAACGGCAAGAUGACCCGUGCCCAAAGACGUCCCUAGGGGGGACAGCGAAUCGGGGUGACCGCCCCGGGCCCCGCACUUUGGGGAGCUGGAGGGUGGGCAGGGGGGAGGCCCUGCCCUUUGACGCCACAGUGUCAGACGUGAUACUUCGGGGUGAGUUUGAAUGCAUCGGGAGGCCCAACACAGUGGGAUUUGUCCCAGGCCCCGCAUCCCCUCUAUGGAAGGCCCUGCCCGUGCCACUUCAUAGCUGUGGUUUCAGUUCGACCCUUGCCUCGGCACUCAGUCCAGCCACGAUAACACAGCCGCCUGCCAGGCACACUGGAGCUCAUCUUGUGGGAUGAGCGGUUACCGUGGAGAUGACCUUUUUUUUCUUGGCGUGGCGGUAUCAUGGGAUGCUGCAAAUGGCACGCAAGAUUUUGGGGGUAAAACAAGUAAUUUAAUUAAUUGGGGCAUGGAGGGAGAGAUACUUAGUGCAUCAUCUUUGUGCCAAAAAUGGCCAUUGCGUGAUAAAUGUUUAAUUUGCUUUGUCUAAUAAGAGUUAGUCAUUGGUGUAUUCAAGUGCAUAGCGUGCAUUCUGGACUCUUUAAGUCUGGAAGACAAUUUGUUUAAGUCUGUUUAUGGGUCUAUUUACACAAUAGACAAGCCAUUAUAUUGCCCAAAUUAAUUAAAAAUUUCAGUGUCUGCCUAUAUACAGUAUGGGAAACAUUUGUAGCUGAAUCAUUUACAGCCCUUUGUCAGCCACUGCUGGGUGAAGACCUCUCCACCAUAUCGUCAUGGGGGUUGUUUGGUCAUACUUCACCACGAUGGUCAUUGUGGGUUGGUGAAGGGGGUGCCUAGGGCCAGUUCCAAUAUCACUCACCGGGGGAUGCCUUCAUCCACCAGGAGAUUGGUCAUGGCUGAUGCUAAUUAUAAGUGUAGAUAUGUAACAGACAGAGCACACAGGUUCAGAGAAAAGACACAAAACAAAUAUUUUUGACGUUUGUGGCAGCAACAUAACUUUCAUAUUCCUGACCCAGUUUCAAGCAUGUUGACGGCAAGGCCAAUCAGCCCAUCACUCUGUGUUAGUGUCAUAGGUACACCGAGUGUCACCUCCAUGAGUUUUCCAAAAAAGUUUUCUGAAAAUCAAAACUCUCUCUUCUGGGGCUUUAUAAAUGAAGUGAUACUGAGUGGCAGUAAUUGCAGGGUGUUAAACCCAUCGUUCCUUUUACUUACAGGCAAGUGAUGAGCUUAAUGAAAUACAAUUUUAUUCAAUUUGCUGCUCUAUGAGAACCCAGUGACACGAGACCCCCCUCUUGCUCAAUAACCUUUAUUAGCAUAUAUUGGAGAGCCAAUUGAGAGGAAAUAGCCGUUUUGUCAAGGAGAUAUGGGUGCUGUAUGAGGGAUGUAUCCGAUAUUUUUGUUAAUGGAAUUUUUGUGGUGCACUUUUAAAAAUAUGGAUUUCAGAUUAUGAUACACAUUUCAGCUUUCGCUCGCAAAUUACACAUUUUUGCCAGUUCGUAUAAUCAGAUUAUGCAACACAAAGGCAAUUCAGAAGGCAGAGUGAUGUUGCGAAACUACGCAAUUAACAAAAAAACACAUCUAUGAACAAAACAUUCUACAAUUCUUAGGUUGUUCUCAAGAGUAGCGAUUGCCCAAAAUAAAUAGCCAGUGUUGGAACGUUGAUAAUGUUUAGCUAAAGUGUUCUUAUUUACGUGAAAGGAGGACAUUUACUCAAAACAUCUGAAAGCACACUUUAAAGGGGUAAUAAAAUGUUUACAUAAAAUUAUGAUGAGUGCAGUAUAUUUUAUUGCUGAUUGAGUGACGUAACGUCCUGUUACGGGUCACAGUUCACCGUUGCCUUUUGUGUUCCCGGUGUGUGAAGCACAUGUGCCAAAGCAGCUGUCAUGCAGCAGCAGCAGCAUAAUCUCAUUCCCUUUAGGAUUAAAUAUAUAAGGGAGGACUAACGUCACGUGCAGUCACCAUCAUUUGUAUGCACUGCAGGUCAGAGAAGGCUGGAGGAGCUGCCCACUCCGCACGCAAUACAGUGCGCGAGAGCUUUUAUAGUGAGACGGAGUCAAAAGGAAACACGGGAAUGUUUUUGUACAAAAAUAAAAAUCUAAACUAUUGCCAGGAGCAAGCGGCAGGAACGGAGAAACGCCAGCCGGCGCGGGUUUCGAUAUCGCCAAUCUAACCCAAGUGGAAAAAUCGGCCUUUUGCCGGGGUGGGUGGGUGAGUGGAUGGGUGAGGGGACGGGUGGUGUUGGUGGUGGUGCAGGACGCAGCAAGAAAAAUAAAGAAAGUAGAAGAAGAAUCAUCAAGGAGAGCGGGAGGAUGUUUAAAGAAAAUAUAAAAUAAAUCCCCGGCACUGCCUUGCGAGGUGAGGGAGGGAAUCGGAAUGCAGCAGGCGCGGAGCGGCGCGCCUCCUGCCCAGCCGUCGACGGCCGAGAGGAGGUCGCGAAUUCCGACGUCGCUGGGACGGUCCACCACACCGGAGGAGGUGGCUCGGCUCGCCGCCAUGCGCUCCGAGUCCCUGGUCCCCGGCGCGCACACGCCGCCGAUCCGCCGACGCAGCAAGUUCGCCACCCUCGGUCGAAUCUUCAAGCCCUGGAAGUGGCGCAAACGCAAAAGCGAGAAGUUCAAGCAGACGUCCGCAGCGCUGGAGAGGAAGUUCUCGGAGCGACAGAGCAGAGAGCAGCUGAUCCAGCGUGGCCUGCUGAAGGAGGCUCCAGAGAAAGAUGGAGAGGUCGGGGCUAAGGAGGGCGACGAGGGCGACCACACGGCGGAGAACGGCCACGCGGUGGGCGAGCAGCCGCCGCUGUCGGGCGUCGUCGAGCUGGAGGAGACCGAGACGGCGACUGGGUCGGCCACGGAGCCUGACGGUUGCCCCGAGCGACAGCCGGCGCUCCCUGAGGAGACCGCGGAGGCCGGGCCUUCGCCAGCCCCAACGAGCUCCACCACCGCCCCGCCGCAGCCCCGCACGCCGCCGUCCAUGCCGCCCAAGAAGGGGCCCCCAGUGGCGCAGGGCAGCCGCGAGUCGGCGGGGAGCGAGACGCCGCCGCCGCCGUCGUCAUCGAAACAACCGCCGGCCCUGCCGCCGAAACCGCUCGCUCGCCCGUGCGCUCACAUUACUGGGGACUCGGUCGGCCAGGGCAGUCGUUCUUCUCCGACGGUGCCCCCCAAGAAGGUUUCUGCCAUCAGCGCGGCGGCUGCUGCCGUGGAGUCGACGCUGUCAGCUCGCCACAGCGCGGCCCGGCACGGCCUGGCGCACCAGAUUUCUGCCCCUGCCUCCCUGGCCUCCACCAGCUCAACGGCAGCAUCGCCGCACAGCCACGGGGUGGCACAAUCGACACCGCAGGCUGCCACCACCGCAUCUUCCAGCGCACCCUCCCAGAAUUCCACGGGGCAGCAUGGGCCGGCGCUGUCAUCGCCUUCACCGCACCUGUCCUCCCUCCAUUCCCAGCAUGCACCGGUGGGGUUUGUGCCCUCCCAGCAUUCCGUGGGGCAUCCCCUGAAGACGCCGAGCAGCGUCAUCGAGGAGCUCAAUCGGACACUGGCAAUGGCCGCUCACCGCCUGGAGUGCUUCCACAGCUCGGAGUCGGCGCCAGCCCCGGUCCCGAGGGUGGAGGUGAGCGAGGUCCCCACGGUGCAGCUCCGCGUCAGGGCCCACCGUGGCGCUGCGGUGGCUGCGGCAGCGGCGGUGGCAGCGGCUGCAGCGGCGGCGGCCGGAGGAGGACGCGACGGCGAUGACGAUGACGAUGACGCGGGUGGGGGCUGCGAUGAGGACAGCGACAAGGAGAACGCCUCCUCCGAGUCGGACUCGGAGAGUGAAGAGGGCGACGGGCCAGGCGGCACGCGGCUCCGCGUCAAGAGCUCCCUGGCUGCUAAGGUUAUGCGGAAGGACUCGCUGGCCAUCAAGCUGAGCAACCGGCCCUCCAAGGAGGAGCUGCAGGAGAAGAACAUCCUGCCUCGGCAGACAGACGAGCAACGCCUUGAGAUGCGCCAACAGAUCGGCACAAAACUCAUCAGGCGGCUGAGCCAAAGACCCACAGCCGAGGAGCUGGAACAGAGAAAUAUUCUCCGGCUGAAGAACGAAGAAGAGGAGCAGGAAGAGAAACAGGAAAUUAAGCGACGUCUGUCAAGAAAGCUCAGCGAGAGGCCCACGGUGGAGGAGCUACGAGAAAAAAAGAUCCUUAUCCGCUUCAACGACUACGUGGAGGUGGCGGAUGCCCAGGAUUACGAUCGGCGAGCUGAUAAACCCUGGACGCGCCUCACUGCCGCUGACAAGGCUGCGAUCCGCAAGGAGUUGAAUGAGUUCAAGAGCUCUGAGAUGGAGGUUCAUGAACUGAGCAGGCAUCUCACCAGAUUCCACAAGCCGUGACCCUGGGCCUCACCCUUCGCUGAGCUGUGAAUAGUGUACAUUAUGACUGUGGCGAUGUGGCGCGCGGAAGAGGCGUGGUUCGUUGGGGUGGAAUCGCGGAAGCCGUGGAAACAGCAGAACAUUUGAUUUUCCCAGCAGCGACACGGAGCGCGACUGCCCUCUUGUGGCGAUGUGGGUGUUUGUUUUUGUGGGUGUGAGUGUCCGUUGAGUGAGUAAAUACGUGCGUGUUGCAUGGCCAUGGCUAGCCUCUCCUGCCUCGUCCACCAAGGUCAAACGGUGGCGGCUAAUUCGGGGUGUGAACUUUCAGUGAGCUUAGAAGAGGAGCAGCGGGCAAAUACGCAGCACAGACAAUUGCACCGAAUAUACAAAGGAAAAAAAAAAUGAUUCCCCGUAUAGCCUUAACAAAGUGCUCUUAGUAAGCACCUUUGAAGACCGGCAUGGCACACGAAGGGGCGUGGGUGGCCGAACGCCAUGCCCGGCCGCCUUUGUCUCCCGAGUGGUGAUUUUUACACACCGCACUAGGUACUAAUUUAAGGCUGAGUCGACCUGGAGAAGGCCCAGGACCGGUUCAGAUGACCGUCACUCGUGUUGACCAUGAGCGGGAAUCGAACUCGGGUUGCCGGGUUCGUCGCGCAGCAAGAUAACCGCUAAUCUACCAGUCCCCACGCACCGAAUAUACAUGUGUACAGAAACAGCUAUUAUACACAUACAUUUGUGUUAGUAUACAGUAUCUGGAUGUAUGUUUGCGUGUGCAGAUUCAUUUACCUGUAUGUUUAUGCACUUAGAGAUAUUGCAUUCGAGGUGUCGUGAGAAACUGCAUACGUGACAGCUUAAUAACUUGACAAUGAGUUAGAGGCCAAUACUAAGACAAUGAUGCUGAUAUCCGUAAAACACUGCAAUGUGAAGUCCAGAUUACUGCUUGUCCUUUAAUUACUUUACUGCACAUUAAAGUUAACCCACGGUAAUUCAUUAAUGUAAAUUGUAAAUCGUACGUAAGAGUGCCAAGAGUUUAAUAUCCACGCACAAAGGCCAAGCAUUUCCCUCUCACCUCAAAGGCCGUUAGGGCAAGUGCUGUUAGCGAGCACCAACGAUUGAAAACAUGAAGGGAUCGUGGUACCAGCACCACGUAUUCUUGGCCACCGGAGUCUCCCCCACCUGUGCCGGUUCAAAUACCAAUUACCGCUAAUGAACUCUAGUUACCGAGACAGCAGCACAGUUCACCGACCACUUUACCGCUUCAACGCACAUAAACACACACACACACAGAUUUACCCAUACACACCAGACGUGCUCGCAUCCACACGCGUGCUUACACACCUUGUUGUCUGGUUAUGUCGGGGGCGGGGGGGGGGGGGCUACACAGCUUCCUCAUCAUAGGCAGCUGUGGCGAGGGUGUUGAGGCCCACGGGGAUGUGGCUUUUUGUCCUCAUAAUAGCUUCAGCUAUGGCCAUGCGUGCACAUUUACAUAUUUUUUGUAUGCCUGCGAUACACCCCUACAAUACAUGGGAAAAGUGGCAAUAACAAAAAGAAUAUACAUAUAUGUGUAACAUAUUACUGACGAUAAAAUCCCUUUAAAAUCCUUUCCAAUUGCAAGGCAGAGCGAUGGCAGUAGCAAAAAUAAAUGGCCCUUUUGUGCUGGGUUUUUUUCCUCCCAGCAUUCCUUCCCCCCCCCCGUCACUGCUGCACGCUCGCUCUGCACAUAUCACAGCCGAGCUUUGAGAGCAGCUGUCCCCUUUUUUUAAAUCGUCUCUUUUAUUUAUUUUUUGUUCCCAAAAACUGCAGACCACAACACUUGAUCCGAUUGUCGCUCGACUUGAGAAAACACUCGAGGCAGUUGACCUGUUGCAUAUUGACUCCCAUCAUUCGCAUCGGAGCCAGGCAAGCAUUCGCGCAAGUCCUAUCUUUGGUUAACAAAUUGCGAGCCAGAAAUACUUUCUGGCUCGCAGGAAUCGUCAUCACACGUGAAUGAGAUGCAGAGCCGCGAGCUUUCUUACUUGAGUUCCGCUGAAGAAGCAAUUGUUGUCAUAGGUCAAUAUGUUUUCCGACAGUAUUUGUGCAUCCACAUAUCUCUGUGGUCUUGGCCAUUUCUGGCGUGUCUUGCGUGUUCAUGUGAGCUGUACAUUACAUAUACACACACGUACACGCAGAUAAUUUAGUGCACACAUUUUCCGUUUGUAUAUAUGCAAUGUAGGUUUGUGUGUCUGAAUUAAAUGUAUAUGUACAAGCACGUAAAUAUAUAUUGCACGUGCAGUACAUGUUAAUUAUUAUUUUUACACGUGUGUGUGCUAUAUAUAAAAUAUUGGGGGAAGUCAACGUUUUGAGAAUGAGAUAUUGAAAGAGUUGCUCCUGCUGAAUAUUUGCCUUAUUUUAAAGUUCCAUCUGAACAAAUCAGGUAAUUGAAUGUGUCCUUUGAUACAAAUUGUUCUGUAUUUUUAAAAUAAGUGUGAGUGUAUGCUUACUCUUAAUAUAUCAUUCUCAUGACUUUUUGACAACGCUUUUUGCUUUAUAGAUUAAAACACAAAUUUCAUGUACCGUAUUCAGUGGUUGUCCUAUGGAUUAACUGGUCUCUGCCAUAGCAAUGUGGAAUGUCUACCACUGGCUCAGGACUAACAGUAGAAAUUAGUUCUGCCCAUUGUUUGAACUAUAUAUUUAAAACACAGCAUUAUUGUUUAAUGUGUCGUGUGUUUCAGAAAAAAAAAUGGCCCUGCCCAAUUGUGUCAUCUCCAUACCCAGCCUGGGAGCGGAUGAACAAUGUGUGUGUAAACUUGUGCAAUGUGCAUUAAACAAGGUAACGUCCCUGCCUACCCAGUAGAAGUUCCACAAGUUGUAGUUAAAUAAAAUAAUAAAUGCACACACUAUGGUGAAAGACAUUCGGCCCCUCUGGUAUCCUGCGAAAGCUGUGAAAUGUAUGACAAGCAUACACUUCAACCUAACGUAGCCACUAUGCUUAUACAUUUGCUUUAUACCAAAAAAACUCAGCCCCUUCAUCAUUGACACUGCCUCAACAAAAUAUAUAAUUGACGAUGUUUGAGGCAAUGACCCUUUUUCAUAGAACAUUAAAGCAUUAUUUGUACCAGAUGAGAGCUCACUGAGACCAAAAGAAUAUUCCAGGGGAGACGACAUGCAGAGGAAUACAGUAAACAUGUAAAUUAAUUAUUGAAACGUACAGCAUCAGGCUUAAGACAUGCACAAUGUAUUGCCGUAAUGUUUUGCCCCUUUUGUCCUCCAUUGUACAACCGGAGUCAUGUCAUGAGGUGAAGAAACCGCUUGCAACUCUCACAGACCAUGUGCAACUUGCUAUGUUAGAGAACAGCCCAAAGAAGCAGAAAUUGCAGAACGACUGAGAUUCCUUCAAGUGAUCCCUGACCCGCACACAAGUGGACAGUGCUGGUAAUGUUAAUCGCUUUGACAGUGAAACCACUAUAUUUAAUUCUUAGAGCUGUAAUUGAGCCAAAUUAAGUGCAGUGCCAAAUUUAAUCAGGUGGGAGUUUUUUUUUACAGCAAUUGGCGACUGGGCUGAAACCAUCAGCGUCGUACCCUGGAGAGCCCCAGGUUUAAUAGCCGGCGGUGGCUUCUGUUCGAUCUGAGAGGUCCCAGCGGUGCCACGCUGGGACCUCUGAGCCACCUGGCCACCUCAGCCAAAUGUUAUAUUGAUCGUGUUUGAUCAUUUCUUCAGGACGGCUUUUUGUGUUUAGUGUGUUGUCCUUCGCCUCCGCCCACACCUCCGAUUAGCACGGUUGGCUACGUACGGCGCGAAAGAAGUCCGCACAUUUAUUUAUAUAUUUUUGACAUCACGCCCAACAUCUCGAGACACAUGACAGUGAAAUAAAGGUAAAGCAGCAUACUAUUUAUGAUGUUUUACUCUUGACAACUUUAAAAAAGACUAUCUGUUGGUAUUUUCACGAGGCUGUUGGUGACAUGGGGUUGUUGAGUAUACACACACCUUAUUUUUUAUGCCAUGCUUGAAAAAUACUGUGCUGUUUUGUUUCCCUCCCAUGAUAUUUUUCAUGGCCUAAUUUAAUAUGUUUCAGCUUAGUGUGUAUUAUUUAGCAGAGUGUGCUUGAAUGCGUGAUUGGAAAAAGGUCCAGUUUCUUAACUUAGGCGAGUUAAAUGAAACGUACAUGUGUGAGAGGCCAGUAAGACUAAAGGGGAGACCUGGCAAGGCGUAAUCAAAGGAUUAUUAAUGCGACAAUCUUCACAAUGUCUCAGUGGUUUGAAACAUACAUUCCACAAUGUAUCAAAUUAGAUAAUGGUGGUGUCUGUAAUGGUACCUUGUAAUGGUACCUUGUAGUGUACAGGCAUUUGAUUAAUUUAAGGGAGGGGGAAUUAAAUGCUUUGGAACGUGUAAAAUAGACAUUUUUAAUUUUUCAGGAAUGUGCAAUGUUAUAAAUGGGUUUUACCGCAAAAUGCUUGAAAGUCAUCGUUUGGAUAGUGGUCGUCUUGUAAUGGUGAGGAAAGUGUGUUUUAAUAAUUGUGUGUGACUUGAUGAACGUGCAUAAUUAAGCAGAGUGUUUUUGUAUAUUGCAUUCACAAUUCACCAUCGUUCAUUUAACAAGGUUCAGAAUGGGGUCGUUAAUCUUUUUUUCAAGUGAAUCCUGAGUAAUUGGAGCAGUGUUGGACCAUCACUUCUAAUUUGUAAUUCAAUUGGACCUCUUUUCAAAAUUCGUGAUAUUGGCUGUAAAAAACAGCACACGAUGUCCACUUUCACAUACUCUCUGAUGCCCUCUGUACACAGCCACUGGCAUGCUGUGGCAAAUUUGGUGCGCAGCUUAGCAGGUGAAUGUGGGAAUCGAACCUUGUUUGUGAAAAUGGGCUCUGUGGCAAGCGUGCUUACCACUUCACUUUUCAGCUUCCCUUUUGGAGAAAUUGUUCUCCAGACAAGGAGAGAAUUUUAUAUUGUAGUAGAGAGUGUUACAGUGAGAUGGUUAUAUACGUAUUUAUGAACGUUACAUUAAAACGAAAGGGAGAUUUGUGUUGGGAGUGUAACGGUGUAGUAAGUCAUCACUUAAUAUCCAUUCUUAAAAUUAAUGAUACAUCCAUCGAAUCACUUGUAUAAGAAUCUGAUUUUUUUUUUACCUCCAUAGGAAUAUUUUGCAUAUUAUUGGUUCAUGUAACCUCUACAGUCACUGGGAGGCACUAACAUUUACGGCAUCGUUCCAAAAAAUAUUUUUGGUUCAAAUCAUGACCGAAUUGUAACAAUUCACGGGGGGUGGGUGGGGGGGAGAGAUUGUUACAGCCCUAUUUCUUACGCAGUAUUAUGUGGAGCAAUCAUUUCUAGAGCGAGUAAAGAUGAAGAGAGAGAAUGUGUGCACAAUGCCAUAGCGUUGGAUCCCCAUUUCGUUUUUUUUAUUGACACAAGCUUCAAUUUGUCUCGGCAGUUAUCGCCCAGUGUUCUCAUCAUAACGCUGAUGAGGUCAGUCACUGGCGUCAGUGCGAGGCACUCUAAACGCACCCAUCACGUCACGCUUGCUUAAUUGUAAUAAUCGAGGAUGUGCUGACAUUGGGCAAAUUGCUAACAACCAUUGUAUAAAACAAACUCGCACUGGUUAAGCUCGUUUUGCAAAGCGGGAAAUUCAUGCCGACGAUUUUAAGCAAAGUAGGAUUGUCGGAGCUCAUUUGGAGCGUUCGCUCCGAAGAAAACGUCCCAGAUUGUCUCACAUUGACAAGGAACCAAUGUGAGCUCACACAGUAAAUCUGUGAAAGUGCUCCAAGGGUCAGAGGGGGUCACUGUGACAUUGUUGCACACUUCACUGUUUUGCUGGCUUUGGUUAAGCGGUAUGAUGAUUGUGCUAAACGUCACUGCCAUUCUAUUAACGUAUGUCUUUUUAUUACCUCGGGUUUUUUUUUAUUUUAAGCUCUUGUGAAUCUCAUUGAGUUUUGUUCGACAGAGCUACAGCUUCAAAGAUUAAGAGUGUUGUCAAGAGGCUGUUGGUUAUUUUAUGCCAUUUUUAUCCCAAGCGCUUAUGACAAUGGGUUUGCGUAAAGUUCUUACGGCAUACGUGCGUUAAGCCAAAUAAAAUUAAAACCCACUAAUAUCAGGAAUACUGCUUAUAUUGGUUAUGCAUUCUAAGCACCGAAUGCCUGUGGUGUACACAAUGAAACGUAAAAAUGUAUGAUGUUAUCAGUUGAGAAGGAUGCUGGAUGCAUAUUGUUGAAAUUUGGAUAACGAUGGCCCAAGCGCAUUUUCAGGUCUUAUUUUGCGAUCGUCAUUCAUUGGUCACUCGUAUCUUUCAAACAUCUGUUGAUUUGUAAUGAAUUGUGCAAAUAUUGCCAACCGGACUUUUGUACGUAUGAAAAAUACAUGUGUAAAAAACCUGGUUUUAUUCAUGGGUGACAGUUCAGGAUUUGAGCCCAGGUUCCAAUUGGUGCUGGCUCAGGCGCUUUUAAUGGGCUUAGCGUUCACCUCCUGAACCAACUGGCCAACCAUCGCUUCAAUCCAUCUCUAAGUCGUCGUGGCCAUUGUCGGUGGCUGAAGCGCCACUGCCGUCGAGAACACUUGAUCUUGAAGCUCAGAAAUUCGAGUCGGCCCUGUACGAAGGAGACAACUCUAUGUGAGGCAUCUGCUUGUUUUAAUUGUAGAGAACUGAAUAUUUAUUGAAUGGUUUGCUUCUUAAUUCAUAAUCACUUGUUUUUAAACUCUGAACUCGCAAUGUUGGUGUGAAUAAUUAUCCAUCAGUCAUUUAUAGAGAGCCAUGGCAUUUAGUUCCAUUUAUUUUAGGGAACUUAUUGCUAAGCUUAGUUGACCAGUCUGAUUGCAACAUAUACAUCUCAUACUUAAUAUAUAACCACUUUAUGGUGGCUCCUUUAACCGCUUACUUUCACAGAGAUGUCAACGAUUAAAUUGUAUUUAUUUAAAGCAUUUAAAUUAACAAUUUAGCAGUGAAAUAACUCUUUAUAAGAUAAUGUAUCCCGAUGCAUAAUUUUGAGUACCCUGAAGUGGGAUGAUAUUAAGAACAUUCGAGGAAAAAGCUAUAUUUGCAUCCAGCAUUGUACAACGCAUUCAGUGAUGUAUUUCAUGUUCUAACCUUUAAAAACAACUUUAAUUUGGGUAUACAACAAAUUAUUGUGGCUAAAUAUUAUGUUGAUGACUAGAUGCUCUUGGUGGUCUCGUGGCCAUAUUUCAGACAUUCGUGAAAAAAUCACUUGUGUAUUGUUGCCUUUGUAUAAUUGUUCAACCCUCUCCUUUUGUGGACUGCAUUUUCAGUCCACCAUCUCGUUGCUUUGGCUUUGAGCCCAUCCAGCAGGAGAAAACACACACACGAGUGUACGCACAUGAUUCUGACGCAUGCCCUAAAGUUUUGAGUUUCGCUAAGUUUUAGCAUACAGUAAUGAAAGAUGUACUUUUUUGUAAUAAUAAUCUCAUACCAGUGUACGUGUAUGCUGUGUUAACCUCUUACUAUUGACGUUCCCAUGACACUGAUGUCCACACAGUGUCAAUGAAAAACCACUUUGCUGUUACUAUAAAUAUUUUCGUCCCCUGGGAGAUUCUUUCCAUAGUACAGGUGGUCCCCGACUUACGAAGGAGAUGCGUUACGACGACCCCAUCGUAAGUCGAAAAUAUCGUAAGUCGGAUCAUCGUAAGUCGAGGACUACCUGUAUUUGCCACCACCUUUCAAUAGGCAUAAGUGCUCACCACUCUCUCUCUCUACCAUUGCUAAGCGCAAUUCACAGUUUGUCAGAUAACUUUUGUACAUUCCCUUUGCUACAACGCAGCCGCGAUGCCAAUAUUUAAUAGCUGGACGUAACCGCUUAUCAUCAAGCUGGCUCUGCUCUCCACAUAAAAAUGCACCACACGCACACGCCAAAACAGAUCGUCACCCUGCCCGUGCAACACAAGUCGUGUCUGCUGAAUUGAAUUGAUUUUUUUAAAGUAAACAUUCGAAACAGAAGGUUAUGCACCUUCAUGAGCUAAUGUUUUCAUUUAAGAAAAAUAAAAGUCCCUGACUAACUUAUAUGGUUUACAAACCGAUAUCAGCAAUUGAGUUGUGAACUGAUUUUUUAAAAUAUAUUUUACUAUUUCCUUUUCCCAGAGUCGCAUCGCUCUCCUUCCUCGCCGGGUGUUUAUCUGUGUUACUGUGGGCAGAUCUUCACUUGCCUCGGCCGUGCGAUGUCUGCACGGUUCAAAAUUGAGAUUGUGUCGAAAAGCUGAGCACGUCCGGUUGACUUUAGCCUGGGUCCCAAACAGAUCGCAAGGGCCGCACGUUUUCUCAUUUACUUUUGUGUUUCUUAAACAUACUUGGCGCGCGCGCGUGCGUGUGUGUACACGUGCACUUGCCUGUAUCUCAGUGAAAGGAUACGCUUGUUAAAUAAAUUGUAAAUACUGUAUGUCUUUGAAUGUUAUUUUAAUUGUAUUUAUGCUACUCUAAAUAAAAAAAUGCAGGUGCCCCUCAUUGCAA